AUGUGGUUCUGCAUCAGCAUAUCCCUUGCAUUGCUUUCAUUGCUGCCACUGGUCAUUGCACUACCUCCUGCGACCAGACGCCAGUCUUUUCCUACCUUGACCGAGAGUCAGAUACACGCGUUUAAACCGUACACCCUCUUCGCGAGCGCGGCCUAUUGUAACCCCUCCGUCACGCGGACCUGGACAUGCGGUCUGAACUGCGAGGCAAACCCCGACUUUCAACCACUUGCUUCGGGCGGCAACGGCGGGCUGAUCCAGUAUUGGUAUGUCGGUUACGACCCGGCACAAGAUGCCAUCAUCGUGGCACACGAAGGAACCAACUCGGGGAACCUCACCGCCGAUCUCACGAACGUCCUAGUCACUAUGGACCCACUUGAUUCAACACUCUUCCCCGACAUACCUGCUGAUGUCCUGGUACAUACAGGCUACCAACUCGCGCAUGCUAGGACUGCCCCGAUCAUCUUGGCGAACGUCAAAAUGGCCCUCCAGCAACACCCUGGCAGGGAUGUUGUUAUCACGGGCCACUCUCUCGGUGCCGUCCUGUCCUUGCUGGAUGCUGUCUACCUCCCCAUGCACCUACCCGAUACCGUCAAGAUAAGCACCAUAGGUUACGGGCUCCCUCGCCUCGGAAACAUUGCCUUUGCCGAGUAUGUUGACGCGCAUGUCAAUCUGACCCAUAUCACGUAUCAACGCGAUCCUUUUCCAACUCUGCCCUUUCGUUUCCUCGGCUUCCAGCAGCCCGGCAAUGAGGUUCAUAUUGACCAAAGCGAUGACUGGGUGCAGUGCCCUGGUCAAGAAAACGGGUCGGCGGAAUGCAUUGAUGGGGCAGUGGAAGGGGCAGGUGGUACCUUGGUGGAUUUGGUCAAUGUCGAGGACCACGAAGGUCCUUAUGAUGGUGUCGUGAUGGGUUUAGGAGAGUGUUAG